AACGAUGCUGUUUUUUAAAUUUAAUCUGCUAAAAAUUGUGACUUGCCUCAGUGGAACUUCCUUUUCCGGUGUAAACUUGCCGACAUACAUACCCUGAGAACAAGAUGGGUAUUUCUGUAAAGGAUGUCAACGCUCAUGAGUUCACCAAGGCCUUGGCUGAUUUCUUGAAAAGGACUGGAAAGGUAAAGGUUCCAGAAUGGUCCGACAUUGUCAAGCUAGGGCGCCAUAAGGAGCUCAGUCCCUAUGAUGAGGACUGGUUUUACAUUAGGGCUGCCUCAGUGGCCCGCCACUUGUACAUCCGUGCUCCCUGCGGUGUUGGGGCUCUGACCAAGAUUUAUGGAGGCAAGAAGAGUAACGGUACUGCCCCAAGCCACAACUGCCGUGCGUCCAACAUCAUUGCCAGGAGAGUGCUGCAGGCCCUUGAAUCCCUCAAGAUGGUUGAGCAGGACGCCAACACUGGUGGUCGCCGUCUGACAGGACAGGGCCGCAGAGAUUUGGACAGAAUUGCAAGCCAGAUCAAGGGAGGGAAGAAGCAACAACAACCGAAAUAAAUGACUUGACUGGUGUAUUA